AUGCUGACCCUGGUUGGUUCGUUACUGGUGGUCAAUGCACCCACUCUGGAGAUCUCGACAGGACUUGCCUCGCCCAUGCGCUUCUUGGGCGACAUCUCCAUGUGCGCCUACAUGAUCCACCUGCUGCUUGCGGAAGCUUUGGGCUAUGCGGUUGGAAGGGAACUCGGAUCCAUGCCGUGGUGGACUUUGCUGGCGGUCCUCCCGGUGACAAUCUUGCUGGGCUGGCUCCUCACCGAGUUCUUUGAGAAGCCAAUCGAAAGGUGCUGCCGGCCGGACAAGCGCGCCGCCAAGAAGUCGAAUGCCGUAAACGAGGCUCCGACCAGCGCACAAGUGAUCGGAUCCCCUGAGGCUAAGGUGGGCUGA